CGAAAUACUUCACAUGAUUCCUAGAAUUUGCUAAGGAUGGGCGAGUUAGAGGCUACCAUUAGUUGGGAACUAUUUCGAAAAAAAGGGGAAUUUGAAUCCCUCAAACGUUUUGGAGAUAUCAUGUGUAAAAAGUACAAUUUCCAUGACAGCGGCAAAAAAACUUUACUUUCCAAAAAUUUCCUCAAAUUACAUGAACUACCCAGUGGUUGUGUUGAAUACCUUUUGGAUGCAUUCUGUAAACAGUGUGAUUCAUUUGAACUUAGUUCUGGUAAAACCAGUAAAAUUACUGAUGAAACCUUCGAUGGACGACAAUCGAUAACAUUCGAUAGUCUACUAUGUAUGCUGAAAUUAUUAUGUCUAUUUGGAAGAAAUGAAGAUAUUCGACAAUUAAUAACUGACGGAGAAACUAUACAUCAAACUUUACCGAAUCUCCUGAAAUUGGCUUGUAAUGCUCAACAACUUGACGUGGAAUUUUCAGAAUUACUUGAGCUAACUGUUGAUCUUAUAGAAGUUAUAUAUGAUCCUCAAUAUAUGUGGAGAAGGUGGAAAACUAGUUAUCAUGAUCAGAAGUAUGAAAGUGUAAAGUUAUUUAACUAUGUUCCAUCAUUAUCAAAAGAAACACUUGACAAUAUCUCCGCUUGUUUAUUCGAUUUAUUGAAGCAAUUCCAUGGCAGACGAGAAAUUCAAUUCCCUUUGACUGAAGCUUUUUGUUGCUUAACAGUUGGAUGUUUUGGUUUUGUCCAACUAGAUCAUGUACGCAAUAUAACCUCUCUGAUCGAUGGAUCGUAUAAAGAAAGUUCAUCUUCGCCUACAAAGCAACGUGGACAAGAGAAGAUUGUUAUAAUUCGUUGUAUGAAUGGAGAAUCUAAUUCGGAGAUAAAUUUAUCGAAGGAUAUUUCCGCCAACAUAACUAAUUCGACAGCAAAUAAUAAACCUAUGGCCAGUUCAUUGCCGACAGAUCUCGAAAAUGAUUCAUCAAAUAAUGAUGAAGUCUACAUUACCUCCCCGAUAGUCUAUACAAGCUUUUUAGUUUAUGCACUGAGUCUUCAAGAGUCAAGUAUGGUAUCUCUAAAAUCAGUUGUGGAUCAAUUUCGUUCUGACAUCAGCAGCCCGAGAUGUUUGUCAAUACUUGAUUACCACUAUCAAAUCUUACUUAUCCACUUAUCAAGUCGUAUUAGAAUAUGCUAUCAAUAUCAACCAGAUACGCUAUUAUCCAAUUUUCAAUCAACACUUAUCAAGUAUCCAAAUGAGAAACACUGUCAAUAUGCAUUAACUUUUCUAGCCACAUUAGAUUUAGAUAACUCCUGCUUUGAUGUAUUGAAGACAACAGUGAGAGAAGAUACUACGCCAACACCUCCACCGUAUUGUAGAAUAAAACUGCCGAAACAUUUUUAUAAUCGAUUAACAGACAGUCUGUGUUCUUAUUAUUCUAUCGAUUCAAAAGGGAAUUCGACUGAUAAGUGUUCACCUAGUCGUAUUUCCCCAGUUGUCAUUGGGAAAUAUCUUUUAUCUUGGAUUUAUGGAAGAUUACCAAUCUGUAUUGAUCCACAAUUGGAACAGCUGAUGAUGAAUCAACGUUCUGAACAAUCCACAUCAGAUCCAUAUAUAUGUGUCAUCCAACAUGGUGAUAUUCUCAUUGUCCUACUGAAAUGGAUCACCUAUCUUUGGAUAGAUUAUGAAAAUAAUCCAAAAAAUUAUUUUAAAUCAAUGAAUAUUGAUUUAUUUAGUAUAAUUCAACAAAUAUUAAAAAUCAUUAUUGAUUCAUUAUUAAACAGUCAAAAUUCUAUUGUACAAUUGAGUAGAGCACAUUGUUGUGAGACUGGUGUCAUCCGUUGGGGAUUAAUUCCGAAUAUUAUGAAAUUAUGUGAUAAUUUAAAGUUGAAAUUAAAUUUUAUGAUGAUGAAUAGUAUAGAAUUGACUGAAGAUGAAUUGACAGAAGUGAAGAGUCAUUUUUGUCAAACACGCAAAAUUUUUGAAAUGUUCUUAAGAAUACUUGAAUGUCUUGGGGAAUUUUCAAUGUCAGCGCCAGAUUUAGCGCAUCUGCUAAAAAUGCUUCGUUCAGAAUCAGUCAGGAUAUUUUGUAGUCAAAUAUUGAAGGCUCUUGUAAAAAUUACACAAAAAAUUCAGCUGAAUUUAGGCCCUUUACCAAAUUCUGGUAGUUGGUUUCAAUUCAGUCGACCACAGGAUUGUCUACUUGUUGUUCCAGUUGGACCAGAAUUAGAAAAUUUAAGAUCCGAACAGAAUAUUAGUGGUACUGUUAAAUGUUCAACAGUAUUUCGUAAUAGCCUGUCAACUGAUUUAAGUCUACAUUUUUGGUUAUCAAUAGAUGAUCAGUCAACAGUUGAAGAGACCGCAAAAUCGUCGACUAGUAAAUUUCAGCAAAUCAACAAUCAAAAACGAUAUUGUCUAUUUCGUUUAUUAUGUACAAAUGGUAGUGGAUUAGAAAUAUUUUUUACAAAAUAUGGUUAUUUAGUAAUUGGUGUAGCAACACAAGAAGAUUUCACUUAUGUCGUGACCUGUGGACCAGAGAAAAUACCACCAGGUGCAUGGCAUUCUGUUGCUGUUGUCUUUUGUCAUUCUCGACGUCUAUUGGUUACACGAACUAUACUCAAAGUUCUUGUUGACGGUAAUGUAUGCUAUUCUGGAGAUUUUCCACAUCCUCGACUUGGUGGUGAUAUCUCAAUCCUACACAUCGGUGGUUGUCCAAAUUGGAUCGAUCAUGUUGUCUACUCAAAAUUAUUAUUUGAUUUAGCCUCAAAAGCUGGCCGUCGUAAAUCAGUAAUAUCCAAUUUGAAAAGUGUCGGGAAACAUAAUUAUGUAUCUAGAGAAGUUGUCUCUGUAUCAGCGACAACAUCAACUCUAUCCGGAAAAUUUACGUCCUCUUCUAGUUCUUCUUCUUCUUCUGGAUUAAGUGUCCUUUUUUCAGAGAAAGUUGAAAUUGGCACCCCGCGUAAAGUGGAUUUAGGCAGUGAACGUAUCCUAUGGGGGAUAAUGAAUUCAUUUCAAGGGAGAAUUAUUUCUUGUGCAAUGUUUAAUGAAGCUUUAUCAGAUACUACUUGGCAAACGAUUACAUCACUUGGUCCUUGUAAUCUUACCUAUCUGUUGGACAAUGAAGGUUAUAACUUGAAUACAACAGGUUCAAGUACACCAAAUCUGAGUGGUAGUUAUGCUUCAAUCAAUCCUUAUGAUGAGAAUUCACUGAAUUCAAAUGCUUUUAAUUCAACUAAAAUAAUAUUCUAUUAUCAUGCCAAAUCAGUUGAUCAUGCACAUUCAAUAUGUCCAGAAUUAGCAAGUGAAAAUUUAGGCUUACCAACAUCUUUUGAAUGUAAUGAAAAGCUGUUUAAUAGAGAUAUGAAUAAUUCUAUGCUUAUUGAUGAAGCAUUAUAUGAAGAUUAUUUAUGGCUGCAGCAUAUCCAGCAUAAAUAUACAAAUUUUGGUGGUCUACCUGCUACGCUGUUAGGUCCUGAACGACUGGAAUCAGUUUUGAUAAAUGAUUCAAUCAAUCGUAUCGGUGGUAUGGGUGUACUAUUGCCAAUAUUCAAAUUACUUCGCUAUUUUCCAACCAAUAGUUAUGUAAGCGGAUCAGACAAAUUAAAUUCCAUUGAAAUGAGUUUGUUAUCAGAUGAUUUCAGUAUAACUGAUCUCCUCAUCUCUGCACAUCAUCGAUAUAUCAACGACUUAGAUCUGAUAUGUAAUGAGACGACAACGACUCAAAUCCCUGUGACAACAACUAUGAGUAAUGCAACUACUGCUGCUGCUGCUGCUAUUUCUACUGUGCUUAACUCUUCUCCUUCGACUGGGAAUAAAAUUGACAAUGUUAUGCAGUAUAAUGAAUCACUACCACUAAUACAGUCUGGUAUUCGAUCUCGACUGAAUUCUUUACUCCCGCUCAGUUGUGGUGGUUCGAAUGAUAGACGGGAUUCUUCUGGUGUUGUGAUUACUACUUCUUCAUUGAAUGAUAGUAGUGUGGCGAAUCUAAUUCUAAUUCUAAGAAAUUUGAUUCUAUCGAAACCUGAAAAUGGAGUACAAGUUUUACGUGCUGAUAUAAUGUUACCACUUGUACAUCUUUUAGCGAAACUUCAUCCAUUACGCUUCGAUUCUCAUGUGGUAUCAGCAAUCCAUGAUCUAUUUCGUGUUCUUGUCCACUUGCCUAGAAAUAAACAAACCACAUCGAAUGUGAAUGCCCUACAGAAUUGGUUCAGUAGUCAAUCGAAUCAAACUCCACCUGAAGAAGUUCUGUUUCUUGUUUGUCAUUUAAUUUUAGGCUGGGAUUUAUGGUCUAAACCAAAUUUAGUUGCUAUUCUGUUACAUUUGAAAAAGUUGAAUCGUCUGGUUCAUUCCUAUAAUAGUCUACUUAAAGGAAUAUCAGUAGAUUUGUUGUUAGAGACACUCGUGAAAUAUCAUCGAGUUUUAGGCUCAUGUUUAAACUUUCUGCAAACAAGCCCACCGCUAUUAUCACCACAACCACAAUCACAAACAGGAGAAAAUAAUAUCGAUUGUCUAACAAUUCCUGUUCCACCGAUAACAAAUACAAUUGAUGAGAUUGACGCCUAUGAAUUACAUGUUAUAGCAGAGAUAAGAAUAAAUAUUUGCAAGUUGAUUGAAGCAAAAAUUAUACCAAAUACACAAAUUAAAGAUUUAAUUACAUUGAUCAAUUUUAUAACAACUUGUCCAACAAUGUUACUGGUGAGAAAUGUUAUCCAACUGCUGGCGAAUUGUUUCGAUACUUCAAAUGCUGGUGAUCAAAUGACUCUGUUAAUUUAUGAAUCAGAUUUAGUUGUACAUUUGUACAGUUUACUCAUAAAAUCUGAUGAUCAAGUGGAUGUUGAGACUAAAAAAUUAGUAUUAAAGUUUAUUCACAAAUUAGCCUUAUCUGAUCGAGUUGGCGACAAGUACAAGUCGCAGUUAUUCCUUAAAGACUGGGGUGGAUUUAGUUCAUUAUUUACUAAUGAUCAAAAUAUGAUCAUAUUUCUACAAGAUUAUGAAGUUGUUAAACUCUUCUUAGAUUUAUUAAAACAUGGUCCUUCAUAUGAUAUCAUGGGCUUAUUACGUCUUUGGGAGUUGUUACAGAAUAGUCCUAUACAAUUUCGUUUAUCAGCUGUCAAUACCUUAAUACAGAUUUUCAAUAAAUCACCUAAAUAUGUAAUAGAAAUUUUAAGUCAUGUACCGUCGUUCCCUGAUUCAUUCUUCCAGUUAAUCAUUAAAUGUCCAAGAGAGAGUAUGAAUCGUCGUGAUCGAGUGUCAGCAUCUCGUUUUGGAUUGUCAAGGAUUCGUUUUCCUGCAAGAGUUAUAAACAGAAUAAACUCAAAGGCUACUGAUAUAUCGAAUGAUUCAGGUCGUGGUGGUUCAAUAACAGCUUCACCAGCUAGAGAAAUCAAUUCAUCAACAUCAUCAUCCUCGCUUUCACAAAUUCAUUCAUCCAGAUUACCAUCUCUAACGAACAGUGAAACUGACUCUGUAUUCAGUAAUCCAAUGUGCAGUUGUAAUCCAGGUGAAGCACAUGUCUGCGAUGAAUCCAGAGAUUCCAUCGAUUCCAUCAAGAUUCCCACGAUAUUUCCAUUUCCUAGAGAAAAAUCGAAUUCAAUUAAUUUUCCAGAUCGUUUAUUAAUGAAUCGAAAUCAUCCAACUUCUGUGUCAGGACAUUCUGAUGUCAAUUAUACGUCAACCAAUCAACAAUACCGAAACACUAAUACUAUUCACAGAAACAAAAACAGUGGUAGUAGUAGUGGUAGUAAUAGUAGUAGUAAUAGUGUAAACAAUUCUGAACAAGUAUUUAUUGAAAAUACAGAAAUUUUAGAAAAUAAAUUAUGUGAAGCAAUUAUCACUUGUUUACAUGAAAUUCUAUGGUCAUCUGGUCAGUUGGAACGUUGGCAUUUGAGUACAACAAUUACACAUGAUGAUCCAUGGUUGGGUUACUAUAGAGCUCUAGUAUCACUUAUGGAGAUAACUGCUCAAAAUACCCUAUUGAAACCUGCAUUCUGGAUUGUUCAACGCCUCUUUGAAUCGAUUAUUGAUUCUUUACAACAAGCAUUAAACAAUUUUAGUCAAGAUAUUUCAUUCCCAGGAUUGGUGGAUAAAGAACGCGUGAAACGAUUGAUCUACGUGUUUAUGACAUUUUUAGUCGAUAUCACAUGUAAUCAUAUAAAUUUAAUUGAUGAUGAAUACAGAGUAGAGCUAAUGGAAGCAGUAUUAAAUUUACUACAAGAAUCUCUGCUUAUCUGGGAGGUGAAUUCAUCUCAAUGGAAAGAAGUACAAGCUUUAGCAUUACACUUACUUUUAAUGUGGAUUACUGAUACAAGUUGUCCAAAUUCACGUCUAUUUGUUCGUUCAUUAGCAAAACUGCAUUAUAUUAUUUGUCAAUUUGAGACAAAAUCAUGUUAUGAAGAGAUUGCAUUUCUUGUCUACCGAUUGGAUAAAGUCAUUGAAAUGUGGUCACGUCUUGAAGAUUUUCACACAUUUGUCAAUAUGCAUCAUAGUAAAUUAUUAGAAAUGGAAAAGUUAACACCUAAUUUACCAGAAAUGACAGCGGAUUUCUUAGAGAAUUUUAAAGUUUACAGAGCUAUACCUGACGGGGAAUGGCAAUGUUUCCUGAAAAAUCGUCUUCAACCGAUGGUUGAAUCGUAUACUGCACAUUUUAUAGUCGGUGCUGCAUCAAGUCAAAGUAUGUGUCGUGCAGAGGCAAGUGAAGAAAUCGCCAGAUCUCGUCAUGAUCAAAAACGAUAUUUAGAAGUUAUGAUCAAUAAACUGCACGCAUAUCUUUUACCAGAAUCAUACAAUAAAGAUACAGAUAUUAAAAUUGAAUUGAAAAGAUCACCUUCAUUUCCCAGACUGCCACCAUCUCCACGAACAAAACGUAAAGCAUCAGUGCUAAGUCAAAUUGACAUCAAAUCUGAAAUGCUUCAUUGUUCUGCUUUGAUGAGUAGACAGUUGAAAGAACAUCGUGAAGAGAAUAAUAAAUUAAUUGAAUUACAAAAGCGUAAUCAACAAAUCACUUAUUGGCAUGCUUUAGCGUAUAGACUGAUGCAGAUUUCUUCUGAUGCACCAUGGUUUACAAAUUAUGCAAAAAUAGAUCACUGGAGAUUAUGUGAACUAGAGACAGCUUGUCGUAUGCGACCAAAACUUGAACCAAAUUUACACUUUGAUGCACAUAUGGAGGCUAGUGCUGAAAGAGAUGGCCUAAGCCUAGCCAGGGUAUUACACUCCAAACUACGUCCUAUAUCACUGGGGGUCAGUUAUCAAAAGCCUACCGGUGGUACACUUGAUAUACCAAAUCGACAUUCUUUAUCCACAAUGGAAACAUCGCCGCAUGCUGCUGCUGCUGCUUUGACAUCCCAGCUUACAGUGGAUUAUAGAAGUGAUACUAUUGAAGAUCAAAGUAGUAUUCGUCUGAUGAAACGUUUUAUCAAACGUCCACCUUUGUCAAAUCAAUCCUCUCUUGAAGAAGGUGAUGAUCAAGAAGAAUCUUCUGUGCAGUAUGAUGAAAUGCAAAAAGAAGCAUCGCCAGUAUUUUGUCUAGAUGAAAGUAGACGUGGGACAUUAAUACCGGAUUUAUCUUUAAAAACUCCGACUAUUGACGUGACCAAUUCUGAUAGAUACUCUCAAAGAAGAGGUUCAAAUACUUCUGACGAAUUGAAACAAGCGACACCAGACAUUAAUACUGCCAAUGAUAAUGAUAAUACUGACAAAUCUAAAUUAUCAAAGAGUACUGUACCAUCGGCUAAGACUAAAGCCAGUGAAAAUAAUAAUGCCACAUCGAAUUCAACACCACAAAUAUCCACUGAGCUACAGAAACAAUCUCCACAAACACAGAAAGGCAAAGGGAUCCUGUUAAGUGUUAAUGCUCAACUAGUUACAGCGAUCAAAGUGAUCCAAGGGAUAUUGACUUUAACACAAAGUCGGAUAAUAUUUGAAGCAUCAAUUGACAGUUUAAUGUUAUCACUUGAUAGCAGUGAUACUACUAAUAACAAAAAUAGUAGUAAUAAUAAUAAUAAUAGUAGUAGAAAUUAUCUUGAACCGAUUAGUACUCAUUUGUUUAUUCCAUCUGGAUAUAAAAUUGUUCAUCAAAAAGUCAAUGAGAAUGAAACGAAAUCACUUAAUUCCACUGAUGUCUUCUGUAUUCGAUACACAUGGUCACUGUCAAAAAUACGUGAAAUACAUUUACGUCGAUAUAAUCUACGUCGUUCAGCUAUUGAGAUAUUCCUUGAGAAUAAUUCUAAUUACUUUUUCAAUUUUGAAACUAAAAUUCGUAAUAAAUUCUAUUCGGUUAUUAUGAGUUUACGAUUACCUCGGUUAAUUUACAGUGAAGGUCGUAAUCCUAGAGAAGUGUUGAAGCUAUCUGGACUCACAGAGCGUUGGAUAAAUAGAGAAAUAUCAAAUUUUGAAUAUCUUAUGCGUUUGAAUACAAUAGCUGGAAGAACAUUUAAUGAUCUUGGUCAAUAUCCUGUGUUCCCUUGGAUUUUGGCUGAUUACACAUCAUCUGAAAUCGAUCUAACGUCUGAGAAAACAUUUCGUGUUCUGUCACGUCCAAUAGGAUUGGCAAAUCCUAAAUUCAUCGAUAUAGUCAGAGACAAAUAUAAUUCUUUUGAAGAUCCAAGUGGAAUUAUGCAGAAAUUUCAUCAUGGAACACAUUACUCCAGUGCUGCUGGUGUACUUCACUAUCUUGUUCGUCUGGAACCAUUUACAACCUACCAUAUUCAUUUACAUGGAAAUAAAUUCGAUGUUGCCGAUCGUCAAUUCUAUUCCAUUCCAAAUGCUUGGCGCUUUAUUCUAGACAACCCAUGUGAUAAUAAAGAAUUGAUACCAGAGUUUUUCUUUUUACCAGAAUUCUUGAAAAAUAAUGAUGCUUUUGAUUUAGGCUGUCUUCAACAAAAUCAUACACGUAUCAAUGAUGUUGAACUACCGGCUUGGGCAUCUACACCAGAAGAAUUUAUACGUAAACAUCGUGGUGCACUUGAAUCUGACUACGUUUCUGCACAUUUACAUGAAUGGAUUGAUUUAAUAUUUGGUUAUAAACAACGUGGUCAGAAUGCAGUUGAAGCCUUGAAUGUCUUCAAUUUUGUAACAUAUGAAGGUGCUAUUGACUUGGAUAAAAUUGACAAUACAUUUGAACGUCAAGCUAUGGAAAGUAUGAUACAGAAUUUUGGACAAAUACCAACUCAACUACUCAAAGAACCACAUCCUCGACGUUUAACACAUUCAGAAUGGUUGUCAACUCUAAUCAAUCAACGCAGACUACCAGUAAUCAAUCUGCUAGCCAAUAAUGAAUCAAAACUGACUGACACAACAUUACAACAAAACACUGAAUCCAUUCAACCAAGAUGUCAUCAAGAAUCCACCCCGACACCAAAGUCUUCAAGAACACCAUCAUUCUUUCAACGUAUCCUACCGGAUAACACUGGAAAUGAAUAUGUCAACUCCAUACUUUCUACGCAUACCUCCGUAGAACAGAAAGAAUUAAUACCAAAGUGUAAUACUUCAUUGAAACGUUUAGUACAAAAAAAGUGGAUGCUUGUUAAAUCUCCUCCAAUUGAUAAUCUAGCUCUGUCUAUUCGUUUAUUGAAAUCUCAGCAUAGAAAUACAACUAUGCAGUUGAAUUCAAUUUAUUUAGCUGUUGUCCCUGGAUUUUGUCGACCGGCAAGAACAGAUUCAAACGUUUUCACCUUCUCUGAAAGUGAUAUCAACCGAGAAUCUGGUCGGAAUUCACUUAGUAUUAGCAGCAAUAAUAAUAAUAACAAUCACAGUAAUAGUAGUAGUGGGGGUUUUAUAAAGAAUCGGUUAUUCUCCACUGGAAAUUAUCUACCAACAGUGGCAUCAAUUGCAUCAGGUGGACUGACUACUGAAUCCUCCAAUCAGACAUCGACCGCGUCAAAUUUAUCAGCUCCUUUUAAAAGUUCAAAUCAGUUGAAUGCAACCAAAACUGGAUGGGAACGUUUAGCAUCAGCUGUUUUUGUGUUGAACAACAGAGGUGUUGUCAAUCGAUACUUUUGGAUACCAUCUGAUGAUCAAGUGUUAAUGUCAGAUGCAAAAGGUGAUAUUGAACCUAUGGAUCCGUAUAGUUUACUACAUGAUUCUAAUAAUCAACAACACUAUGGUUCCAUCGGACCGCUGGAUCAAUCAUGGAUACAGUUUAUUCCAAAUACAAAAUAUAAAAGACUUGAUAACAUGUUCAGUUUAAAUCCGAAUAAAGCGAAAAACACCUCCCCAUGUUCAUCGUUAACAAAUCAUAUUGCUGGUGCACAAUUAUUCGCUUUAAGUCUUGAUGACAGGUGGUUAUUUGCUGGUGGUCGAUGGGAUGGACGUUUAACCAUUUACAAUAUGCACACCUCACAAGUUGAAGCAAUUCUGACAAGUCCACAUUGUGAUACAAUCAGUUGUGUUGCUAUUGACUCAGUGUAUAGUUCAAUUGAUCGUUGUCCCUUUACAAAUCGUGGAGGUUAUGAAAAAAUGGAUAAAUCGUCAACAAGUAAAACGGUGACUUCAACAAGAACACGAUAUAUCAUCACAGGUAGUCGUGAUGGAACAUGUGCUGUUUGGGAUUUUGAUAUGCUCGACGGGGAGGAAGAUGAUGAGAUGAAUGAAAGUGUGACAGAUGAAGCACCAUUCUCUAAUAUCAGUGUUAAUGAAUCCCAAUUGUCUGCAUAUAGUCGAAGAUCGUCACAGAAGAAAACGAAUAUAUUCUUUGGUAGUCAAGAUUCUUUGUUGCCUAACACUUCUGGGACUAGUACUACAACUACGACAACGAAACCUUUGAAUACUGGACAAGAUCUACGACUUGACCAUCAUCAGAUGACACAACGUAAAAGUUUAUCUAGUGAAAAUCUUUUCCAAGAUGAAUUUAGCAGUGAGAUAAUGUCACCGAAUCUAUCAACAUCAAGUAAUAAAGUAUGCCUACCACAAACAGGUUGUAUUCUACAAUAUAAAAGUGCUGGUAUCGCUUUCUAUCCUCCUGGGUCGUCAACUUCAAUGCAUGGUAAACCAAAAGUGUUAGCUAAAAUUAUACGAUUUUUCCAUGGAAAUGGUUGCGGUAAUCCAGUCACUUGUGUUGCUUUGAAUAUCUCGUUGGAUACUGCAUUGAUGGCUACAGAUCAUUGUAGAGAGGUGUAUCUAUUCAGUGCAAAAUUAUCCACAUGGUCACGUGUUCUAAUGUUAGAUGAUAUUCUAAUUGAAGUGGACAAUUUACACAUACCGAUAUACUCCUAUCCUAAAUCGGAUAUAUUCACUUGUUCAAAUUCUUAUUCUGUGCAUCAUUUAUUAAUCGCUCCAAGACUGGGACUAAUUUAUGUCCAAUGGAAUUAUACACCUGAAUCUCAUAUACAUCACUUCUCGUCGACUGUUACUGACCAUGAGAUUGGACCACAUUUAAGUUUAUUCAAUCCAACGGGUGAAAAGUUAUCUGAUGUUGCUCCACUAACCUAUGCGGAUGACUAUUCCCAGCUGAGUUUAGAUGAACGUCGACUCACUGUUGUUACACGUCUAUCGCUUACUUCAACACCGAUAUCAACGAGGACUAGUUGUGUGAAUCGUAAACAAUCUGAUAUCGGUGAGAACACUACUGACGAGUGCAUUAUCUCUCAGCAUAUUUUAAUGUCAUUUAGUACAGGACAUUUCAUUAUCAUGUUAGCAGAAACAUUAACACCUAUCCGAUGUAUCAAUUUAGAUAAAGGCAUUACUGAUAUGUCUUUAGUGUCAAAUCUUACGGGGAGUGGACGUCUUGUGGAAGGCUUUCAUAUUAUGCUAUCACUGGUUAACAGUAAUCUAGUUGUCUUUCAAUCAGUUCAAAGGAAUAAAAAGUUACGCUGA